AUACGGCGAACCCCGUUUUUGCAGUGGUUAGGCGUUGCGUUGUUCUGGCUCGGACGUCCGGCCUGCGACUUGCAGGAUAGUCAGAAGAGUUGCGGAAGCCACGCCACGACAUGCACAACAACGCAUACACAGUACAGAGGUGGCAGAGGAAGACCGGCGGGAUGGAGUCCAACAUCUGCCAGGCGGGCCCUACUACCAACGCUCGGGCACCGAGCUAACAUCCAUCCCCUGGUGGCCAGCAGAGGUAGGAUGUUUAACGCUGCUGGUCUACAGUAUCUCGUUGCUUACAGAUCCCCAGUGUCCGUUCCCUCGUUUGCUAACGAGUUGGAAUGGGGUGCCUUGUUGCAUUUUCCUACUGACUUAGCUGCAGUAGUCUGA